CUCAAGCAACAACCCACAAGACCGGCCGAAGCAUCAUGUCGAUGUCCAGGAGUGAAACGGAUAUCAUCCUCAAUAAAGCUAAUGUUGCCUUGGCCCGCAGUCAACGACUCGUUGCCUCGUGGCUUCCUCCGCAGACGUCAGAGGAACUCGCCAAUCUAAAAUCCGAAGAAGAGCUGCAACGGGAGGAAGAUGAGAUUUUUACCGCGGUGCCGGAAACACUAGGAAUCGGUGCUCCCUUGCCGACCAAGGCGGCCGAUGGCAGUUGGAAUCGCACCGAACUGGACUCCAAUGACAAGCUACGGAAACAGCUUCUCGGCAAGAACUACAAAAGAGUCGUCGCUGCUAGCGCAGGCGCCUCCGCUACCGUAACCCCCGGCAAACCAGGCACUCGCGCAAAUCCCGGUCCCAGCGCGAAGGAGCUGGAUGAUGAGGAUGGGCACGAUGAGGACGAAGGGCGGACAACAUCAGUUGGAACGAGCCAACGGCGAUUGAAAAAACGGAAAGCGGCUCUUGAGGGCAGUCACAACCACCAUGAGGUGGCUACCAGCGCGGGCGAAGGUCAAGAAAAUAUCACUUCACCCCAGGAGGGGGCCUCACCGCGACAACCCCCAAGGUCCAAGUCAAACAAGAAGGCCACAAGCUUUCUGGAUGAGAUCCUUGCAGACCGAUCGAAGCGGAGAAAGAAAAAAUGAACCCGGGUGUUGGUUCCUUGAUUCGAUUCUGUUAUCAUUAUACCCAGUAAGUUGUUGACAAGCUCAUGGAGGACGAUAGACAAAUCAAAAAUUGCACGUAUACAUAUGUCCAUGUAUAUAUAAAUAUAUAGAAAGAAGUGAAGCCAAUCCCUUUCCCC